CCCAUCUACUCUCCCCCCAUCCAACCUCUCCACCCCGUUCUGCCCCUCCACUCUCCCCCUUCCAGCCCCCGGGCCCCUUGGCCAUCCGCUGUGCCCACCGGCCCCGGAGGACCCCCUAAGACAAGAGACACCGGCCGAUCGCCGACGCUCAGGGGCCUGCUGGAGGAAGGGAGCACUUCUUCCCCUGUGAGGGGAGCACCGGGGAGCCCGUCGUAGAGGGAGCUGCGCCGCCAGGAACACCAGCACCAGAGGAAGGCAGGCCUCAUGUCCACCCCAGCCUAGGCGCCCCUCGCUCCGGCCCCCGAGGACCCUCCCCCUCCCCGCCCCACCAUGGCCCUCUGCCUGAAGCAGGUGUUCAACAAAGACAAGACCUUCCGCCCUCGCAAGAAGUUCGAGCCGGGCACCCAGCGCUUCGAGCUCUACAAGAAGGCCCAGGCCUCCCUCAAAUCCGGGCUGGACCUCAGGACCGCCGUCCAGCUGCCCCCGGGCGAGAACAUCAACGACUGGAUCGCCGUGCACGUGGUGGACUUCUUUAACCGCAUCAACCUCAUCUACGGCACCAUGGCGGAGUUCUGCACCGCCCUCAGCUGUCCGGUCAUGGCCGGAGGGCUCCGGUACGAGUACCGCUGGCAGGACGAGCACCGCUACCGGCGACCCGCCAAGCUACCGGCCCCCCAGUACAUGGCCAUGCUCAUGGACUGGAUCGAGACCCUCAUCAACAACGAGGAGAUCUUUCCCACCCGCGUCGGUGUGCCCUUCCCCAAGAACUUCCAGCAGGUGUGCACCAAGAUCCUCACCCGCCUCUUCCGCGUCUUCGUCCACGUCUACAUCCACCACUUCGACAGCAUCAUCUCCUUGGGGGCCGAGGCCCACGUCAACACCUGCUACAAGCACUUCUACUACUUCAUCCGCGAGUUCAGCCUGGUGGACCACCGCGAGCUGGAGCCGCUGAGAGAAAUGACUGAAAGGAUCUGCCACUGAUGCAGUGGUAUCUGUGGAGCAUCCAGAGUGGGUCCUGGACCUCAGCACCCCCUGCCAACCCGGAGGAGGGUAGGGGGGCCGUCCUGGACGUGGACAGAGCCUUGGGACUCCUCCCACCACUGCCAUCGGCUUCGGCCCAGCCUCCCUCAGGACCAAGAGCGGUUGGGGGCCGGGGGCAGUCGGGAUACCCCGCCGGAGCUUCUCCCCGCCCCAGUCAGGGUCACCCUGAGCCUCAGGGCCCUGGACCACCAUCCCCCAGCCCUCAGUGAAGCAGCAAGGGGGUCGCUGAGGACAGACAUCAUGGGGCUUCUUCCUUCCCUGGGCAAUCUUCCCUUUUCCAAGGUUUGUGGAAGCAGUGGGAGACGGGAGCCUGGCGGCCCUGGUUGUUUGGACCAACAGUAGUGAUUUGGGGAGAGCCUGGGUUUCCAGCCUGAGACCGGGGCCCCGUCUUCCCCCCAGUUUCCCCAAGGACCACCCAGGCCUGUCCUACUUCCCUGCACUGAGCCACUAGUGAUGCUGUGAACCCCUGACCCGUUGCUGCGGAAACCAGGCCAGGGGACAGAGCCAGGGCUAAGAGCCACCUCCCCCAGCCCAAUGGGGUGGUUUCUGAACGGUCCAGCUCCAUCCCCUGGAGCCGAGCUCCGAGCAACUUGCCAAAUCCUGGGGCGGGUGGGGACCUUAGAGAGGUCAUUUUGUAUCUCCCCCUGCCUCCAGUCAGAGUUGCCCCUAACCAUCUCCAGCCAGAGGAAGAAUCUCUCCUGUUUCUUGUAACUCUGGGAAGACAGUGCCUUGGCUUCCUGAGUCACCCGUCUCCCAGAGAGAGUUCAAUCUUCCAUCUGAGCGUCAGGGAAGAGGUCAGGCUUGGCCCAAACCUCUCUGGCUCCUGUUUUGCCACCUGAACGUCUGUGGAGGGAGGAAAAACCACUUGGCAUUGAUGAGACUACACUCCAACAGUCCCCCCUGUGGGCUGUUGAGACGCCACCGGAUAAAGCAGUGACUGUUGGGCCGCCCCCUGGCCAAGUGGUUCCUCCCUGGUCCUCGAUUUCAGGGCUGCGUGAAGAUAUCUCGAGGCCGAGAGAAGGGAUCCCCGUUUCCCUCACAAGAGACCUCCGUCUACCUUCCCCCCAGGACCGAUCCCGCCCUCGGGAGUGUUCCCUCUGGAUCCUGGGAUCGGCAGAUUCCAGAAUCAAAGCCGGCCCUGAGGAAGGAAUUGCCAUCUCGAUCCAUUCCUGUGGCAAGGACUGGGUCCCUGCCUGGCUCUGGGCUGGCUGACUGACCGAAUCGGGGAAGGGGAGACCGCUGGGUGUUGGGCCCCGGCCGUAGGUGGACCGGCAGGAGCACGGGACACACGUCCGGCCUCGGUUCCCACAGGCCGCAUGCACGCUUAUUCUAGAAGCCAGCAAGAGUCUGCAGCUGCAGUGCAGCAGAACUACAGCGGUACCAUGAUAACCUAGACAGGACUCCCCUUUCGCUCUGGGGCCUCGGUCCCCGGCCCAUCCCUGCCCAUACCACCACCAGGCCUCCCACUCCUCCUUCCGGCGACACCUGCCCCACCGUGGCUACGUAGUCUUCCUCAGGACUCGGCCCGGAGACGCGUCCCUCUGGAGAAGUGAUGGAAGCCAAACCCUUCUGAGCCUCAAGACUCGGGCUGAGCCGACGGCCUUGUUUCUGAGCCACCGUGGCACCCGUGUGGCGAUCCCUCUGGCAGCCAGUGCAGGGUCCACGUUCUUUUGACUGUGCCGUCCCUGCCCCACUGUGUCGCGGCUCUGAUUGGUGCUCCAGGACUUAUUCCGGGUUGGGGGUGGGGGGCAGGAGGGAGAAUCUAUUUUGAUUAUGCUGAGAUGUAUUUUUUUAAAGCCAGAGAACAGACGAGGUGAGGCCCCAUGCUGCCCUUGGCGGAGUCGAAGGCGUGGGUAGGUUUUUGGGUGCUGUCCGAUUAAAGUCCCAGGGGUGGGGAUGCGGAGGGCGGGGUCGAUGGAUGGGUUCUGAUUUCAGUGGGGUCCAGGCAGAGUGUAUCCCCUGGGGCCUGCAGCCACCCUCACCCCCGACAGGUAAAUACACCCACUUUCGGCCAUGGGGUAGGAUGUAUAUUCAGUUGUUGAUUCUGUCACUUUAUCCUGACCCACUUGCCCUACUCUUUUUAUAUCCUUGUCCUUCUCCCUGCU